AUGGGACUCAACUCAGGACUGGCAAAGAUGGACGUUGCACCAGAUAAGGCACUGCGUCGGAAAUGUUGGGAUUCUCGAGACAGGUUUUUCCAAUGCCUCAAUGACAACCACAUUGACAACUCCUUGGAUCCAGCAGAACUCCCUAAAGUCAACGAGAAAUGUGCAGCCCUCAAGAAACAGUUCGAACUGGAUUGCAUAGAUACUUGGGUCAAAUACUUCCAGGAAAAGAGAUUCAAUGAUAUAGUGCGGAAGAGGUAUAUUGCCAAAUUGGAGAGCGAAGGAGCCCAGCCUUUGCCGUUCAAAAUCGAAGGAGUAAAGAAAUAA